AUGGAAAACUCACCUCUUAUCACAAUACCACCAGAAUUGAUACACCACAUAUUUGAUUACUGUGAUUUCCGAACAAUUCUUCUAAAUGUUCGUCGUGUCUGCAAAAUACUUUAUGCCAUGGUUGACAGUUAUGAUCGAUUCGCAGUUACAGUCUCACUCUAUGCAAAUUCAACCUGUACUAUGAAAUCUGUUUCUCAAAAUCUUCAAUCAGAAAAAAUUAUUUCACUUACUGUUUGUGACUAUAAAAGUUACAAUCAUUCUUCGCACGAUAUUGGAACCAAAUCUAUUUUUUCGUCGUUCAAUAGUACACAAUUUACUCGUCUUCGUUCUUUGAAUCUUAAGAACAUGUGGGAUAACCAUUUGGAAUGUCUGUUGCAAAGUUUGAGUGAUGCCCCAUUAAUUUCACUCUCGAUCACCACGUGUGAAAAAAAUUAUGAUGUAACAUGGUUGAUUUUCUUACAAGCAAUCACCCGAUGGAAUCUUCAGAAGUUAUAUAUGAGCUUUAUUGACUAUCUGGAGGAACACGCUUCAUGGCCAGAACAAUACAGUUUAGAGCACUUAACUAUUGGUAGAUGUGCCUAUAACAAAUAUCUUCAUAUUCUGCACCAGUUACCAAAAUUACGAACGCUAGUCAUGCAAAAUUUCAUGAUAAAUGAAAAGAAAAUACCUGUGACGUCGUGUGCACCCACAAUCCAUAGUUCGUUGGAAUCAAUAACUAUUGAAUGUUAUUCACUUGCGUCUGAACAUUUGGAAUCACUACUUUCACCGAUACACUCACUUUAUCAUCUGAAACUAAUUUCUACCUUCGAACUAUCGAAUGAAAUCUGGCUUUAUACAGUACCUAAUGUCAUGAUUGGUCAAAAAACUCCACCCAGAUUUGAGAUAUCGUCGAUAGACGUCAUCCCGCGUCUAACUGAACGACCUCCAAAUAAAAUGAUUAGGGGCGUUCUAGAUCAGACAUUGACCACGCUGGAUCUUUCUCAAGAAGAUAUUGGCGAUGCUCACACACAAUACCUUGCAAUUGGCUUAAGAAAUAACACGACAUUGACCACAAUGAACCUAUCACGCAAUCAAAUUAUGUAUGUCGGGGCACAACAUCUUGCUGAUGCUGUAAAAUACAACAAAACACUUGCCAUACUAGACCUAAGUUGCAACCAAAUCGGAGCUGUGGGAGUACAGCAUCUCAGUGAAGCUCUACGGACCAAUAAUUCACUCACCGUAUUGGACCUCGGUAGCACUUGGCUUAGAAACAAAAAUGAUAAAAUCGGAGACAUUGGAGCACAAUAUCUCGGCAGUGCCUUACAGGAUAAUAAGACACUAACUGUACUGAAUAUUGACUAUAAUGGAAUCAAAUCUACUGGAGCACAACAUCUUGCCGCCGGUUUACGACAUAACAUGGCGCUUACCGAAUUGAAUUUUGAUGGUAAUCCUAUCGGAGAUGUUGGAAUACAAUAUUUUGCUGAUGCUUUAAUGGCUAACAAAACACUCACCACAUUUAGCCUUUAUUGGAAUGACAUCGGAAAAGCUGGAGCACAGUAUCUUGCUGUUGCUCUAAAAAAUAAUACAACACUGACUACUUUGAAUCUUGAAAGCAAUUCUAUUGGCGAUUCUGGAGUAAAGUAUCUUGCUGAUGCACUAUGCAAUAAUAUGACACUCACCACAUUGAACCUUAGCAAUAAUAAAAUUGAAAGAACUGGAGCACAAUAUCUUGCUGACGCUCUAAUCAAGAACGCAACACUAACCAUAUUGGAUCUUGAUACUAAUGAGAUUAUGGCUGGUGGAGCUAAAUAUAUUACUGAUGCACUACGAGAUAACACAACACUUACUACACUGAAUAUGUCAAACAAUUCGAUCGAUGCUAAUGGAGCACAACAUUUUGCUGAUGCUUUAAGAAAGAACACAACACUCACUACACUGAUUCUUGAGUCAAACGAAAUCGAAGAUAUCGGAGCAAAACGCCUUGCUAAUGCCCUAAGAUACAAUACAACAGUCGAGACCUUGAAGAUUUUUCCAUUAGAUGGUAUUUCUUCGGAUGCCGAAAAAGAGUUGAAAGGACAAGAUAAUAGAAUCAAGUCGAACAAUCCCAUACUCGGAUCCCACCGGAUCCCAUCGGAUCCCAUCGGAUCCAAUACAGAAUUUUAUCGGAUCCUACAGGAAUUCAACGGAUCCGAUGAAAUCCUGGUGACGGAAUCGCAUUGGAUUCCGACGGUCUCGGAUCCGACCGGAUCCCACGUCGGAUCUCGUCGGACCCGAAACAUGGAUUUCCUGGAUUUUCUAAGGAUCAUCAUAGAAUAUAGCUAG